UUUGUCCGCCCGUCGAGAUUCGCAAGCCGAGAGCGGUCGGAGCAACCGAAGGAGGGGAGAGGCCUCGUUGACUGUCUCUCGCAGUCUCGCCUCGUUCGCCUUCCUCCCCGUCCCGUGCUUUCCCCGUCUCGCUCGCUCGCGGCCCCAACCUCUACUCCCCGCGACGCUCCGCUCGCGAGCUUGGCGGCGCCAACGCUCUCCCAGAAGCUCGAAUCCGUCCACCGCGGCGCCCGUCCUCCCAGGGCGUUUCUGGCGUGCUGUGGCGGGUGGCUUCGCGUGGAAAUGAAUGUAGAUUCCUGGAAGAGUGGUUUGAUUGGCAGUUUGGCACUCCUUGUAGCUGUAGAGGAUGACCUGUUCCCUGUGCCAUUAGCUCUGCACCUCAUUUGAGAUAACGAUAUGCUGCUUUACUGAUACGACCUUUCAAAAUUUAUGCAGUCCCUAUAUCAUGUAUUUUGCUGCAUUUUUGCCGUUCCAACUAGCACAAGAAUGUUUGACUCUGCUCAGAAGGCUCAAUACAUGGGUGGGCACAGAGAGAAGUUUAUGAGGCUGGAGGAGUCAAGCCCUAGGUCAUCUGUACCUUCUGAGGUGGGAGGCGGGAGUAUCAUGAGGUUCAGCAUGCCUGGGUUUGGUUAUGGUUCGUUUAAUGCGCUAAGAUCUUUCGUGUCAGGGGUCAGAAAGGGUUCUGGAAGACUGAAAUCACUUAGGCAAUCACUUACAUCUGGUGCUCCUAAGACAGCUUUUGCGGAAGAUCUUAAAGCAUAUAAGAAGAAUAUAUUUGAUCCCCAAGACAAACUUCUUCUGCGAAUGAAUAGGGUUUUCUUUGUGUCUUGUAUUCUUGCUGUUGCAGUGGAUCCUCUGUUCUUUUUCCUACCCAUCAUCAACAAUUCAAACUGCAUUGGUAUAGAUAAAAAAUUGGCAGUGACAGCAACAAUAGUACGUACGGUUAUUGAUCUUAUCUACCUUAUACGCAUGAUUCUUCAAUUCCGUACUGCUUAUGUUGCUCCAUCUUCUCGAGUGUUUGGAACUGGUGAGCUUGUGAUUGAUCCGGUGCUAAUUGCUAUGCGGUACUUUAAAAGUUACUUUGUAAUGGACUUCUUCGCAUUGCUACCACUUCCACAGAUUGUUGUUUGGAGAUAUCUCCACAGUUCAGAUGGCUCAGAUGUCCUGAGUACAAAAAAUGCACUGGUUUGGGUUGUCUUGAUUCAGUAUAUUCCUAGGUUGCUACGGAUAUUCCCUGUUAUCAAAGAUUUGAAAAGGACAGCUGGUGUUUUUAUUGAAACUGCUUGGGCUGGUGCUGCUUAUUACCUUUUAUGGUUUAUGUUGGCUGGUCAUAAUGUCGGUACUUUGUGGUACUUUUUAACCAUAGAACGUGAAGAUGACUGCUGGCAUUCAUACUGUGAUCUCAAGGAUGGAUGUGAUAGUGGCUACUUGUAUUGUAGUGAUAACCUUGGUGGUAACUAUAGCAAUUGGCUUAAUAGGACCCAAGUAUUCAACCUGUGCAAUGGUAGUGUUACUUUCAACUUUGGCAUCUAUCAGCAAGCUCUGGUUUCUGGAAUACUUGGUCCAGGAAAUUUUGUCUCUAAAAUCUGUUAUUGCUUCUGGUGGGGAUUGCAAAAUUUGAGUACCCUUGGUCAAGGGCUUGUAACAAGCACAUACCCUGGAGAGGUGCUAUUCUCUAUUGCAAUAUGUGUCGUUGGACUAAUUCUUUUUGCUCUCCUGAUUGGUAACAUGCAGAGCUACCUACAAUCAGUCGCUAUACGCCUUGAAGAGAUGAGAGUUAAGAAACGUGAUGCUGAACAGUGGAUGCAUCAUCGUUCACUGCCACCGGAAAUCAAACAACGAGUAAGGCGGUAUGAACGAUAUAGGUGGUUGGAGACCAGAGGAGUAGAUGAAGAAAGUUUGGUUCAAACCCUUCCAAAAGAUCUUAGGAGGGAUAUCAAACGGCACCUCUGUUUGGGUUUAGUGAAAAGGGUACCAUUGUUUGAGAAUAUGGAUGAAAGGUUGUUGGAUGCAAUAUGCGAGCGAUUAAGACCUGCACUCUACACUGAAAAUGAAUACAUUUUGAGAGAAGGUGAUCCAGUAGAUGAGAUGCAUUUUAUUCUGCAUGGUUGUUUGGAGAGUGUGACAACCGAUGGUGGGCGAAGUGGAUUCUUUAACAAGGUCCAGCUGAAGGAAGGCGAUUUCUGUGGCGAUGAGUUGCUCACUUGGGCAUUGGAUCCCAAGUCGGCAGCUAAUUUCCCAGCUUCCACUAGGGCUGUCAAGGCACUCACUGAGGUCGAGGCAUUUGCUUUAUGUGCGGAGGAGCUGAAAUUUGUGGCCAGUCAGUUCAGGAGGCUGCACAGCAGGCAAGUUCAGCACACGUUCCGAUUCUAUUCCCAGCAAUGGAGGACUUGGGCAGCCUGCUUCAUUCAAGCGGCGUGGCGCCGCUACUGCAAGAGGAAGAUGGCAGAGCAGCGUCGCAGGGAAGAAGAGGCAGCAAGCCGGCAAAGUAGCAGCCACCCUAGCCUUGGGGCGACUAUCUACGCAUCUCGUUUCGCGGCUAACGCCAUGCGAGGGGUUCACAGACUAAGAAGCAAGGCCAUCCCCGCUAUUGUGAGGCUGCCAAAGCCUCCAGAACCAGAUUUUGGUGUCGACGAUGCCGACUAACGAAGCAAUCACACUGAACUCGCUUGUACUUGUACUUUACAGUGUAUGUAGAUUGUGUACAAAUUUCGAAGACAGACGCCGAAAGAUCGUGGUUGUUAUCUGUAAAAGCCCUGUGACCACACAGACCAUAACGGAAGAUCCUGCUAAAUUAGAAUUUUUUUU